AGCGUGGCCAAAAACGUGCCUUUAGACGAUCAAAAAGACACCCUUACCACUUAAAAGCAAAUACUAAUUAAUAAAUUGUCUGUUAAUUCGAUCAAGCAAUAUUAGCUUUUUGAAUAUUGAAUGAAGGUUGUUUUCAAGGUCACUAGUAGCUGAACGUACGAUCUUAUUAUGUAGUUAAGGUUACUGGAGGAAGAAAUGAGCACAUUUGACAAAAUAUAUCGUAGUGUAAUGCCAUUAAAAUUUUUUAGCGAAGGAUGGGGUCCUCCCGAUACGUUGAUAAAGUUGAUAGAAAAUAUGAAAAUUGUGACUAAUCGAGAUAAAUUUUGUUCAGUGAACAUCAGAACAGACAUUCAUAUUGAUAAAAAAACCGAGGACAAAAGCACUAUACAGAUCGAAGGAUCAUUCAUAUCUCCAUUUGAUUCAGUCAUAUCUAAUGCACUAAAAGGUGAUAACAGAAUCGCAAGGUUUCAAAUGAUCAUCCCUAGGAAGUGGUCUACAAGCUAUCGCGCAGUUUGUAUACACUUUUCUGGCACCGGUGAUCAAAACUAUUAUAGGAGGAGAGUUUUUCUCGCCAGUAGUUUAAUAAAGGACGGAAUAGCGUCCAUCAUCUUGAUGCAUCCGUUCUACUCUAAGCGCAAACCCGAUGAGCAGCAAGGUUCUGGUCUGAAUUCUGUUUCUGACCUUUUCAUCAUGGGUGGAGCUUUGAUUAUGGAAUGCAGCGCAUUGCUGAAAUGGUGUGAACAUAAUGGCUACGGACCGUUUGCACUUCACGGAAUUUCAAUGGGUGGUUAUAUGUCAGCCCUGUGUGCAACCGUUUGGCCGAAACCUAUUUCACUAAUUCCUUGUUUGUCUUGGACUUCAGCAUCAUGCGUGUUUUUGGAGGGUAUUCUAUCGAAUACAGUAAAUUGGUCUGUAUUAACAAAACAAUAUUAUUCUGAUUCUGCAUAUUCUGAUGUAAUCCGACCUCAGAUUCAACCAGCUGUCCCAGAAUUCUGUAAAGUAACUGAUGAAACUUCUAAUGAUACUUUGGAUGAUUAUCUACAAAAUUCACCAAGAAUACCCAUUUCAAUAAACUCUUUACAUUCAAAACACUCAGAUACUGUAAAUGUUGCUCCUUUGGCUACAUUCACAAAACAAUCAGAUUCACGUUUACAUCCUAUUAAAAGACAUUCUUUAAAAUCAUCACUCUCGAGUUUUCAAGUUCGUGAUCUAUUGUCUCAGUUUAUUAAUACAUCUAAUUCAGCCUCCCAGUUAUCGUCAUCCCAUCCGAAUACACACAUAUUUACUGUUGCUCAAAAGUUUCUUCCCAGCACUAUGUACACUGGUUUUCCAAAUUUUUUGUCUUCGUUUAAUUUCAAUAGAGUUUUUCGUUUCCAGUCAAAUAGUUCUCGAUGGCAUAAACAAAUCCCGUCAUUUCCACGUGUGUCUUCGCCAAGUGUUAGUUUUUCGCGUACAAAUCUAUCACCAGAUCUGGAAGUUCGACAAUUUCUUCGUGAUCUUCUGGAUUAUUUUACUCAUUUAGGAAAUUUUUCUCCAGUAAUAGAUUCUCGACUUGUUCUAUCGGUUGCAGCCGAAUAUGAUGCAUAUGUUCCGAGAGGUAGUGUUUGUUCACUGAAAAAAGUAUAUCCUAAUGGUGAAAUUCGUUUUUUGCCACAAUCUGGUCAUGUUGGUGCUUAUGUGAAAAAUUCUAUUUGGACAAAUGAUUUCAGAAAAGCAAUAAGUGAUUGUUUAAAUCAACAAGUACAGUUAUAUCAUCAUGAACCUGGACCAUUUGGCCGAAUUAACACAACUCGUAAGAAUGUUCAACUUAUUAAACAUUAAUUUCUACAUAAAUUUACUAUGCUGUAUAGAUAAAAUAUUACAGGUUUCUUUGUGUUAUUAUCGUCAUUAUUUCUUUAUUAGUCACCUUCUGCUCUCUGUUUUCUGUACGCUGAUUUAUCAGCAACUUGUUUGCUCUUCCAAAAUGCUUUCACUAUUUAUAGUACAUAGUUUAUAAAUAUUGUUCUACAUUCGGGUUACUAUUCUUUCCAAAAUAAAUUUGUCUGUUCCCUUACGUCACUUAUUUCUUAUAAGAAAACAAGUGUGGGAUGGAGGGUGGGCUUUGUUUAUUUUCUAGAUGAUCUUUAAAUAUAUAAUAUAAGAAUAACAGUCAUAGUGUUUGCGCAUAUAUAUUCACUCUCUUCUGAAUUUUCGAGUGAGAUCAAACAUUCCCUUUGGUUUUGAAAUGCAAUACUUUAGCCAUCACUCGUUCCAGUACUAACCAGCGGUUUCAUCUUUUAGAUUCUGAGAAAAUGUAUAAGAGUUAUGUCACAACUCGACCGAUAUGCAGAUCUCAAGGAGCUGACAUUUUGUUGUUUCUUCAGACUGUUACUGCUGCCCGUGAUGACGUCCCACAAAUACAUCGUAUGUCUCCGGGCAUACGUAAUACGUAUCUCAGCCAUCUCAACUGAUGAAGUUUCAUUACUUCAUCAAUCGGUUUGCCAUCCUUACCUAGU